UGGUCGCCGCCGUCACAUGACAGCGCCCCUCGGUGCACCGGGCUCCGCCGCAGGGACCGGGGCCUGUCACGGGGUCCCGGUGGGGAGCCCGCCCCCCGCGCCCGCAGGAGCCUCCCCUGGCCGUAGGGUGCUGCGGAGCCCGGUGCCCCCCGCCGCACGCCCCCUGGAGCCGGGGUCCCUGCUCGGCGCGGAGCCGCUAGUCCCGAGCCGCGCUGCUGGUAGCGGCCGGUGAAAGCCCAGCUCGCCUGACCCGCCCCGUUUCUUCCCCCGGAGCGGAGCCGGAGAUGAUCUCCCACAUGGAUCAGAAGGAGGAACUGUGGUUGUCCCGUCUCCGCGCCUGCGGAGGGAAGACUGCUCAGAGCGGCACCUCAGCUGAAGAUGGGAUUAUGAGCAAGAAUGAGGACAGUGCCCACCAAGACAUCCCUGGGCCAGUGGAGCCCAAGGGUUUAUGCUCAGGACUCUCCAAGGAGAUCAGUUCCCAGGGUCCUGCACAGGACUCCGUUCUCCCACGCAGGUCAGAAAGGAUUCAGAGACCUCUGGGGAAGAGGCAAAGCCGAGUGACACUGUGUGGAAAAAGCUUCAGGAGGCUGCCAGAUGUUAUCCAGCAGAGAAACCCUUCCGUGGGGAGACUGACAAUAUGUGGGGACUGCGGGAAGAGCUUCCGGGUGAGCUCCAACCUCAUCCAGCACCGGAGAAUCCACACUGGAGAGAAACCCUUCACCUGCACCGAGUGUGGGGAGAGUUUCCGACAGCGGUCGCAUCUCAUCCAGCACGAGAGGAUCCACACAGGGGAGCGGCCCUACGAGUGCUCCGAGUGCGGGAAGAGCUUCAGCAUGAGCUCAAAGCUGAUCCGGCACCAGGUAACCCACACCGGGGAGAAGCCCUACAAGUGUGCCGAGUGCGGGAAGAGCUUCUCCGGGAACUCACAGCUCGUCCAGCACCAGCGGGUACACACCGGGGAGAAACCCUAUGAGUGCAGGAGCUGCGGGAAGAGCUUCAGCGUGAGCUCAGCCCUGACACGACACCAACGGGUACACACUGGGGAGAAACCCUAUGAGUGUGCGGAGUGUGGGAAGAGUUUCAGCCAGAGCUCCGAGCUCAUGAAGCACCAGCGGGUCCACACUGGGGAGAAGCCCUACGCCUGCGCCGACUGCGGGGACAGCUUUCGGCAGAGCGCCCACCUCAUCCAGCACCGGCGCAUCCACACCGGGGAGCGUCCCUACGCCUGUGCUGACUGCGGGAAGGGCUUCACCGUGAGCUCGGCGCUCCUCCGGCACCAGCAGAUCCACAGGGGUGGGGAGCCCUAGGUGGGGUGAGUGUGGGGAGCAGGGAGGUCUCAUACCCCAAGAGCAAAGCCCAGCGUCUCCCCCUCUCAUCGACCACCCUGCUUGUGGAGGGUAAAAGAAGUUUCUUCACAGGAGAAUGAGCCCUAAGAGACGAAGAAGGGGAGAGCCGGUGCCAGGAGCUGAUUUGGAGGUUUGGGGCAGGUGCCAGGAAGACGGUGC